AAGUCUUCAACUCGAACAACUCGCUUCGAGUCUUCAAACCGUUGAUACUUUUGCCGGGGAAAGAUGUCGUUAUCUAGUCUCAUCGGCGGUGCACUUCCUCCUUCAGUCGGAGAAAACCAGCUGCCCACAAAACCGUCGUCGCUGACAACCACAAAACGAGCUCUUCCUCUUCAGGUGAGAAGUGAGGGAAGACCGGAAUCAUGCCCUCCAAAAGUACUUGGUGUUUCACGAAGAGAUGUGAUGCUACCCGCUGCAACACUAGCAGCAGUCACUUUUUUCUCAGUCGAACCUGCUGCUGAGGCACGAAUCGUCAAGCCUGAGAUUAGGAGGAAAAUUCAGGAAAAGCUCAAGUUGCUGAGGGAAAAGGCCGGCUUAUCAGAGCCAAAAACCAAUCAAGGGAAACAGCCAGAACUGUCUUCACCACCGGCACCUGUUCCAAGUCCUCAAGUAAGCCCAAUUAUACCACCUGUGGAAGCAAUAUUCCCUUGAGAAAUGAGAUGGUAAUUGAUCCCUGUGAUACACAUAAUUACCUUAUCUAGUUCAAUUUUGUGUUUACUU